UGUUCUGCCCACAUUUCUUCCCAUCUUAAACCACAAGCUGUGGUCUUUUUUUAGUAAAAAAAAAAAAUCUUUGUUCUUUCUGGACUGUCUUUGAUGAUUGCUCUGUUGUGAGGCCUUUUUAAUUUCAUCCAUCCAACAAUUCUAUCACGGACAACAAAACGUUUCUGGACUCAAAGGAAGGGCGGUGGAAACGUUUCCAUCGUUUUAUUUUUUCUCCAGAGGAUUACAUUUCUUAAAUCGAAGCCACUUUUGGUGAUCAUGGCUGCUCUUUCAGUGUGGUUUUGGAACGAGAGGUUUUGGCUCCCACAUAAUGUGACUUGGGCGGAUCUUGCAGACCCAGCGCCCGGGGUGGAGUAUCCAAAAGCCGGGCACUUACUCUCUGCCUUACCGUUGGCUGUGGGGAUCUUUGCUGUCAGAAUACUAUUUGAGAGGUUCAUAGCCAGUCCAUGUGCCUUCCUCUUGCAUAUCCACGCUGCCUCAGUCCACUGGCGAGCCACACCCAACCCUGUCCUGGAGAAGGUGUUCACAUCCAUCACAAAGUGCCCAGACUCGCGACGCCUGGAUGGGUUAUCUAAGCAGCUGGACUGGGAUGUGAGGAAGAUCCAGAGAUGGUUCAGACACAGACGCAACCAGGACAAACCCAGCAUACUCACCAAGUUCUGUGAGAGCAUGUGGAGGCUUAUAUUUUAUCUGUUCAUGUUUACCUAUGGGAUCUGCUUUCUGUGGAAGUGCCCAUGGAUGUGGGAUACACACCACUGCUGGUACAACUACCCCUACCAGGUCCUGACUCCAGGCCUGUACCACUACUACGUGACUGAGCUGGGCUUCUACUGGUCUCUCAUGUUCUCUCAGUUUACUGACAUCAAACGCAAGGACUUCCCCAUCAUGUUCAUUCAUCACCUAGCAACAGUGAGCCUGAUCAGUUUUUCCUACGCUAACAACAUGCUACGUGUCGGGAGCCUGGUGAUGUGUGUCCACGACGCAUCAGACUUCCUGCUGGAGGCAGCCAAACUGACCAACUACGCCAAGUACCAGCGCCUGUGUGACUUCCUGUUCGUUCUGUUUGCUGUAGUCUUCUUCAUCACAAGGCUUGUCCUCUACCCUCUAUGGAUCCUGAACACAACAUUGUUUGAGAGCUGGGAGAUGAUUGGUCCCUACCCUUCCUGGUGGCUCUUCAACUCCCUACUGCUGGUGCUACAGGUGCUGCACGUCAUCUGGUCCUACCUCAUAGCCGGGAUCGCCUACAAGGCCUUGGUCCGAGGAAAGGUUUCUAAGGAUGACCGCAGUGAUGUCGAGAGCAGCUCAGAGGAGGAGGUGGACACCAACGGAGCCAAUAACAAGGGGGUUAAAAUGGCCUUCUCUCCUAAGGUAGAGAACGGUACCAACGGCCACGCCGUCGCCACUAUAACCUGGCCACAACAGAUACGCAGCAGCAGCAGCAGCAGUAGUUGGUGACACGAGAAAAGAGGAGUCCGCUUUCUGAUUCCCAGUAUAGGGCUGACCACGGGGGUCCAGUAUGUCUGGCCUGGUUACACUGGGCAGCCACUAGUUGUCGGAACUGUGCUGGAAAGGACCAUGUCGAAAAGAGAAGGAAAAUAUCAGCGCCAACACAGUACUGUUCAGGUCGGCCCUAUAGUGAGAAUCAGGUAUAUCUGAGCCAGCACAGUACUGUUCAGGUCGGCCCUAUAGUGAGAAUCAGGCAUAUCUGAGCCAGCACAGUACUGUUCAGGUCGGCCCUAUAGUGAGAAUCAGGCAUAUCUGAGCCAACACAGUACUAUUCGGGUCGACCCUAUAGUGAGAAUCAGGCAUAUCUGAGCCAACACAGUACUGUUCAGGUCGACCCUAUAGUGAGAUUCGGGCAUAUCUGAGCCAGCACAGUACUGUUCAGGUCGGCCCUAUAGUGAGAUUCAGGCAUAUCUGAGCCAGCACAGUACUAUUCGGGUCGACCCUAUAGUGAGAUUCAGGCAUAUCUGAGCCAGCACAGUACUGUUCAGGUCGGCCCUAUAGUGAGAUUCAGGCAUAUCUGAGCCAACACAGUACUGUUCAGGUCGACCCUAUAGUGAGAUUCAGGCAUAUCUGAGCCAACACAGUACUAUUCGGGUCGACCCUAUAGUGAGAAUCAGGCAUAUCUGAGCCAGCACAGUACUGUUCAGGUCGGCCCUAUAGUGAGAUUCAGGCAUAUCUGAGCCAACACAGUACUAUUCAGGUCGGCCCUAUAGUGAGAAUCAGGCAUAUCUGAGCCUGCACAGUACUGUUCAGGUCGGCCCUAUAGUGAGAAUCAGGCAUAUCUGAGCCAACGCAGUACUGUUCAGGUCGGCCCUAUAGUGAGAAUCAGGCAUAUCUGAGCCAGCACAGUACUGUUCAGGUCGGCCCUAUAGUGAGAAUCAGGCAUAUCUGAGCCAACGCAGUACUGUUCAGGUCGGCCCUAUAGUGAGAAUCAGGCAUAUCUGAGCCAGCACAGUACUGUUCAGGUCGGCCCUAUAGUGAGAAUCAGGCAUAUCUGAGCCAACACAGUACUGUUCAGGUCGGCCCUAUAGUGAGAAUGUCUGUGAGACCUUUCCACUACUAGUUCAUCCUAUCCUACUCUACAUCUUGAAGUGCUUUUCCUCUCAUCCAGUUCCCUGGACGUUUGAAGUCCGUUUCUUCAUUCAACUCUGACUCUUAAUUAUACUGUACUGCACUGACAUUGAUCGGUGACUAUGACAACAGACGAUGGAUGAAUAGACAGACACCACCGUGACCCAUAGAAUCAAAACGGAUUACAUUUAACUGAUUUAAAACUUGUGUCAAGUGAAUGGGCCUGUAGCUAUUUUAAUUCCAUUGUGUCCAUAGAAUGGGGUCUGACUGUAUUUUCAUUCCAUUGUGUCCAUAGAAUGGGGUCUGACUGUAUUUUCAUUCCAUUGUGUUCAUAGAAUGGGGUCUGACUGUAUUUUAAUUCCAUUGUGUCCAUAGAAUGGGGUCUGACUGUAUUUUCAUUCCAUUGUGUCCAUAGAAUGGGGUCUGACUGUAUUUUCCAUUCCAUUGUGUCCAUAGAAUGGGGUCUGACUCUAUUUUAAUUCCAUUGUGUUCAUAGAAUGGGGUCUGACUGUAUUUUAAUUCCAUUGUGUCCAUAGAAUGGGGUCUGACUGUAUUUUCAUUCCAUUGUCCAUAGAAUGGGGUCUGACUGUAUUUUAAUUCCAUUGUGUCCAUAGAAUGGGGUCUGACUGUAUUUUAAUUCCAUUGUGUCCAUAGAAUGGGGUCUGACUCUAUUUUAAUUCCAUUGUGUCAAUAGAAUGGGGUCUGACUGUAUUUUAAUUCCACUGUGUCCAUAGAAUGGGGUCUGACUCUAUUUUAAUUCCAUUGUGUCCAUAGAAUGGGGUCUGACUCUAUUUUAAUUCCAUUGUGUCCAUAGAAUGGGGUCUGACUCUAUUUUAAUUCCAUUGUGUCAAUAGAAUGGGGUCUGACUGUAUUUUAAUUCCAUUGUGUCCAUAGAAUGGGGUCUGACUCUAUUUUCAUUCCAUUGUGUCCAUAGAAUGGGGUCUGACUGUAUUUUCAUUCCAUUGUGUCCAUAGAAUGGGGUCUGACUCUAUUUUCAUUCCAUUGUGUCCAUAGAAUGGGGUCUGACUGUAUUUUAAUUCCAUUGUGUCCAUAGAAUGGGGUCUGACUCUAUUUUAAUUCCAUUUUGUCCAUAGAAUGGGGUCUGACUCUAUUUUAAUUCCAUUGUGUCCAUAGAAUGGGGUCUGACUGUAUUUUCAUUCCAUUGUGUCCAUAGAAUGGGGGUCUGACUCUAUUUUAAUUACAUUGUGUCCAUAGAAUGGGGUCUGACUCUAUUUUAAUUCCAUUGUGUCCAUAGAAUGGGGUCUGACUCUAUUUUAAUUCCAUUGUGUCCAUAGAAUGGGGUCUGACUCUAUUUUAAUUCCAUUGUGUCCAUAGAAUGGGGUCUGACUGUAUUUUAAUUCCAUUGUGUCCAUAGAAUGGGGUCUGACUGUAUUUUAAUUCCAUUGUGUCCAUAGAAUGGGGUCUGACUCUAUUUUAAUUACAUUGUGUCCAUAGAAUGGGGUCUGACUCUAUUUUAAUUCCAUUGUGUCCAUAGAAUGGGGUCUGACUCUAUUUUAAUUCCAUUGUGUCCAUAGAAUGGGGUCUGACUGUAUUUGAAUUCCAUUGUGUCCAUAGAAUGGGGUCUGAGUCUAUUUUAAUUCCAUUGUGUCAAUAGAAUGGGGUCUGACUCUAUUUUAAUUCCAUUGUGUCCAUAGAAUGGGGUCAGACUGUAUUUUCAUUCCAUUGUGUCCAUAGAAUGGGGUCUGACUCUAUUUUAAUUCCAUUGUGUCCAUAGAAUGGGGUCUGACUCUAUUUUCAUUCCAUUGUGUCCAUAGAAUGGGGUCUGACUGUUUAAAUUUUUAUUCCAAUUUUUAAUAUAAUGCAGCAGUUUGUUGGGGAGGAUGUUCUCUCCCUGUUUUGUCAGUUGAACUAAAGUUAUUACUGUAUAUAUAUAUUUUUUUUAAAGAAAUAAAAAAAUAAAUGUUUGUGAAA